AUGUCUGGUACAACUUCACCCCUUUCUAACAUAUAUAGUAACAGUAAUAGCAACAGCAGUAAUAGCAAAUUUAAAACUAGCAAUGGUAGUUAUGGUAACAACAAUAAUAACUUUAAUGUUUCAUGGUAUAGAAGUCACGGAUAUCAUCCACCUUUUGAUUUUUGGUUGAUUAUGCAUUGGGUUUCUUUAACCGAUACAUCAGAUUUUAAAGUUAUAAAAGAGGGAAGAGGAAGAGAUUUGUCUUAUCCAGGAACUAAAGGUACACCCAUAGUAGUGGAUGUACAUAAAAUAUUUUCAUCUACAAAUUCAAAUAUAGUUAUAUUUGGAUUAUUUGUUAAUAUACUAUUAAUAUUUCUAAGUUCAGUUGUUGCAUUAUUUGUUGGAUAUUUAUUAUUCUUUCAUUUGAGACUUUAUUUAAUGGACAUGUCAACAGUUGAAUAUUUAAGUCAUCGACAACAAAUUGGAUAUUAUACCAAUGUACACUACGAAGAUGAAUAUGACGAGAAUCCUUGGAGAAGACCUUAUUAUUCAAAUCCAUGGCAUAGAAGAUUAAUGUAUAUAAUAAGAAAAUUUUUUUGUUUAUUUAGGUGUUGGGCAAAAGAGUUCAGAAAAAAAGAUAAACUUUCAUCAUCUUGGGAUUCAACUCAUCAUAAUAGGUUUGAUGUAUAUAAUGUAUAA